AAUGUCCAACUAAACAUGAUAUACAUGCUUCAGAUCUCUGGCUCUGGGAGCUGCAGCAGAACUGCAGCAGAGAUCAGCUGCUCCUGUGAGAGCCGUGGGAAUCCCUCUCCCAGCAUGGAGUGGCGUGUGUCUGGACUGCGGGUCAUUAACUCUACUGACAGAGUCAUCAGGGAGGAGCAACUGGGGAACACAGGCCUGAGGAGCUCCCUCACCAUGCGCCAAUCACAGGGAGACACGCCCACUCUCCUCUGCAUCAGCACCAACACUCUCGGCUCCUCCAGCCUCCAGCUCCACCUCCCGUCUCCACAGCAACACUCAGGAUUACAUUGCAAUCCACUAUUACAUAUUAUAAUGGUAGGACUGGUUUGUCUGUAUAUGCUGACUGUUGGAUUCUGUAUCCACAAAAUUAAAAGUUUGUCUAGAAAACUGAAGGGAGGGAGGGACGGGGACACAUAUGCCAGUCUGCAGCUCCCCAACAUCAGCCCUGAAUAUGACGUGCUGCAGGUAAAAAAACAAGUAUCAUAAAGGCACUGUGACUUCACAAGAAGAGGACAAUGACUACCAGAACCUUAGAAAUGGAAACUGAGACCAGUUUCUGUGUCUCAUUAAAAAUAUAAGCACGUUGUGUUUCCUUAAAACCUGUUGUCUGAAGAAAAUAACCACUGAAUG